ACGUGUCAACAAUUUAACCGUAUUCUAUUUGACACAUUUGAAAGGAAAGUCUUUUAAAUGACCUCCAGGGGCUAGUAGCCCGAUCUUGGUUAAGUUGUCCUUUAAGUUUUUAGGAAUUCUGGUCAUCAAUAAUUUUCAAGUGAAUAAGUAUGUUCCGAACAAUUUUCAUUCGAAGCGACUCAAUCAGAGGGAAUUUAAACAAAACCGUAAGAGGUAACUUAAUCAGGAAUUUAUGUGUUCAAGGCGUGCGAAGAAUUCCUAAACAGAGUAAACUAGUUCUUCAACAUAAGCCGAAUAUCAUAAAAUGGACGUACCAAAUACGUCAUUAUGCAAGCGAUCUCCCCUCUCACACCAGAGUUACCCUUCCAGCUCUGUCGCCUACAAUGGAGAUGGGUACAAUAAUAUCAUGGUCCAAGAAGGAGGGUGAGAAACUGAAUGAAGGUGACCUAUUGGCGGAAAUUGAAACAGAUAAAGCCACGAUGGGCUUCGAAACACCCGAAGAGGGAUACCUGGCUAAGAUCAUCAUUCCAGCCGGCACCAAAGAAGUCCCUAUUGGAAAAUUAGUUUGUAUAAUAGUCGAAAACGAAGCAGACGUAGCGGCGUUCAAAGAUUUCAAGGAUGACGCAACUGCCGCACCUGCACCAAAGCCUAAGGCACCUUCACCUCCACCAGCACCAGCUGCAGUUGCGCCUCCCAGCGCUCCUCAGGCCGUUCCUACUCCACAACCUGCAGCUCCCACAGAGGGAAGAGUUUACGCCAGCCCUAUGGCGAAACGCCUCGCUGAACAGAGGAACAUUCGUCUUCAAGGAAAAGGUACUGGACUUUAUGAUUCCAUAACGUCAGCCGACUUAGAUAAACUAGCAGCAGCAACAGCAGGGGCAGUAACGGGGGCGCCGACACCAAUUCCUUCUCCUGCUCCUGGGGCUACUUAUGUUGACAUACCAGUAACUAAUAUCAGGCAGACAAUAGCUAAAAGGUUAUUAGCAUCUAAGACGACAAUUCCUCAUUAUUAUCUGACAAUAGAUGUACAGGUCGAUAAAUUAUUAGCGUUAAGGAAUAAAUUGAAUAAGAAAUUGGAAAAAUCAGGCGAAAAAGUUAGCGUGAACGAUUUUAUAAUAAAAGCAACAGCACAAGCUCUACUGAAAGUUCCUGAAGCAAACUCUGCUUGGAUGGAGUCAUUCAUCAGACAGUACACAAAUGCAGAUAUCAGCGUAGCUGUUUCCACUCCAUCCGGUCUCAUUACUCCCAUCGUUUUUGGUGCAAACAACAAAGGUGUUGUUCGGAUCAGUAAAGAAGUGAAAGAGUUAGUGGCAAGAGCUCGAGAGAACAAACUCAAACCACAAGAAUUCCAAGGAGGUACCUUCAGUAUAUCUAACCUAGGAAUGAUGGGUAUCGACCAAUUCUGUGCCAUCAUCAAUCCACCUCAAAGUUGCAUUGUCGCCGUUGGACAAACGGUAAAGAAGAUAGUACCUGAUGAUUCAGAAAAAGGGUUCAAACAAGUCAAUAUGAUGACUUUAACAUUAAGCAGCGAUCACAGGGUAGUUGAUGGAGCAGUUGGUGCACAAUUUCUAAAAGCGCUCAGGGAAAAUUUGGAAGAUCCUGUAAAUAUGAUAUUAUGAUUUGAUGGCGCCCCACCCCUAUUUCAUGACCUGCUGAUAUAAGAAGUAUAUACCCAUACUGCCAAAAUACCUGUUGUGAAAUCCAUCGAGACAAUAUGUUCAUUUCUUUCACACUUAGACGGAAUCUUUGCAUUUAUGAAUAAUGAAAAUAACUGUAAUAGGUAAUAUAGUAUUUGGCAGUGUUGUAACAAUUGAAUCAUGAAAUCAUAAGCUUAAAUCAGAUGAAUAAAUAUUAAUUGUUGUUUGAUAAUAUACUUCUAUCUUCAUAACGAAA